AAAUUACAGUGACAGAAGAGAGGCUUAAAGAAGAACUUCAAAAGCAAAAGGUUAAUGUUAUUCGGAAUCUAUGCAAAGAAUGUGGUCUGGACUCCACUGGAUCUCGGAGUGACCUCCUCCUCAGAUUGUCUAAUGAGAUGAAAUCGAGGCAAACAUAUGAUAAAAUCUUUGAAAAAAUCUGGGGUGCCUCUGGUGGUUGGGGAGUCAUCAUGUGCCCAUGUGGUGUAAUUUACAGUUUAAAAUGCGAUCUUCGAGCAGAAAGCCCUCGAGAUUUUGUUGAUCUUCUUUUCUCAUGGAAGCACAUGCCGAACAUCAUCAUUUAUGACUUUGCACGCGGUUUAGCAACACACGCCAAUCUAAGGGCACCAGAAAGCAUUCCUAUUCGUCCAUAUGAAGGACGCUUAGCAGAACCAACUCAAGAAAACAUUACACUUGCCAGAUCUGGAAAUCUGAAAGUGUCCUUGCCUUGGCUGGAGGAAAAAAAGAGUACAAGCGACCCUCACGGACACCCACUGACAGGAUCUUCUGAUCAUUACGUAUUAUCUGACCGUUUUCACAAGAGCAAUACCAAAGAUAGUAGAGAUACUCUGAGGAAGAUCACUAUAGUGCCUCAACUAGCUGGCAAAAUAAAUAGCCAGGUUGCAGAGCAACUGUUCUCAAAGAUGAGAAAAAAUAACUACUACUUGAACAUGUCUCAGCCAUCAACACACCUCUUUCAAAUGAGGACCAUAAUUCACCACUAUAACGAAAACAAGAACAAAAAAGUGAGGACUAGAUUAAUGAAGACUUUUGGAUCAAAAUUGGUGAUGAAUAAGCAUGGACAGGCUGUGCUGGAAGAUUCUGACAUCUCUAUAGACGAGCCAGUCCCCACUGACAUUGAGAUGGAGGACGUGACCCCGACAUCAAUGAUGGUCCCAACCAGUACAGAAAACGAAAUGGUGUGUAAUUAUAAACGCCUGUCUGCCAGUAGAGUUCGUUGGGAUUGUGUGCCAACUCCUAGGCAAUCAGCAAUGCUUGAAUGGGCUUUGGGGACAGGCAACCAAGAUGAGACAAUUGCUGAAGUUGGAAACGUGGUUCUGAAAAGGAAAGAUUUCUGGACUCUUGGUCUCGAUAAGCAGUUGGAGGCAACAAUUGCAAACAGCUGUCUUGAGGUAAUUGCAUUGGUGGCUAAGGAACGAGGAUUUGAUGUGUGGACAGCUAAUGCAUAUGUUGUGGUGACCUGGUUGCCUCCAUAUAAUCUGGAUCCAUCCUUGUCAUUUCCAGAUAACAUUGCACUGAAAGAUAGCAUUGUCUUCCCUGCUUGGAAGCCAGGACACUGGAUGUUGUGUUAAGAUGACAGCCAAAAUUGCAACUGGAACAUGGGUGCUACUAAAAAACAAGGAUAUGCCCCAACAGAUUGGUGGUGUGGACUGUGGAGUCUUCAUGCUGAUGUAUGCUCUACAUCUCACCUUGGGAGCACCCUUUGAUUUUACAUCUUGUGACAUGCCAAAGAUUCGGAGAUGGUGGACUCUAAUUCUUUUAGAGAACUUUGGGGUUUUCUCUGAAAGUGCAGAUAUGCUUCAAGAGGCUCUUCCAAGUGAACAAGGAGAACAAGUUGAGCUUAGCAGCAGUGAG